UCUAUGACCAUGAUGACAGCACACGUACCCAUAUUGAAUUUUUUUUUGUCCCCCGCCGCAACGCGGAGCGGGGACAUAGAAAUGUCGGGCGUCCAUCCGUGCGUCCGUGUGUCCGUGCGUCCGUGUGUCCGUGCAUCCGUGUGUCCGUCCGUCACACUUUUUUGUAAGCGCUCUCAUGCCUACAAAUUUUUACGGAUUUUCAUUAAAUUUAUACCAAAUGUUUAUACCACUAUUACCUUGGUCAAGUUCGAAAAUCAGCAUUGGUCGAUACUUUUUGUUGGAGUUAUGGGACUUUGACCACAAUAAUGACUUUGUUUUAUCCAAAAAUUGACCUUGUAAGCGCUCUCAUGCCUACAAAUUUUGACGGAUUUUUAUUAAAUUUAUACCAAAUGUUUAUACCACUAAUACUUCGGUCAAGUUCGAAAAUCAGCUUUGGUCGAUACUUUUUGUUGGAGUUAUGGGACUUUGACCACAAUAAUGACUCCGUUUUAUCCAAAAAUUGACCUUGUAAGCGCUCUAAUGCCUACAAAUUUUGACGGAUUUUCAAUUAAUUUAUACCAAAUGUUUGUACCACUAAUACUUCGGUCAAGUUCGUAAAUCAGCAUUGGUCGAUGCUUUUUGUUGGAGUUAUGGGACUUUGACCACAAUAAUGACUCCUUUUUAUCCCAUAAUUGACCUUGUAAGUGCUCUCAUGCCUACAAAUUUUGUCGGAUUUACAUGAAAUUUAUACCAAAUGUUUAUAUCACUAAUACCGUGGUCAAGUUCCUAAAUCAGCCUUGGUCGAUACUAGUAUACUGCUUGACCGGCGGGGGACCCAGGAAUUCUAUUCUUCUUCAAAGUGCGUUUAAGGGGCACAGUCACAAUUUUGGUCAAAAAUUAUUUUUCCGAUUUUAAUGUUUACAAUGCUUUGUUAAGGCAUUUGUUAUUGGCAGCCAAAAUUUGAGUGUCAUUUGUUGAGUUAUAAGAGAAUAACAGACUCAGCUUACAAUUCUUUGCUUUGUAAGCAAAGCUUUUGUUUACAUUUUAAAUGUUGAAGCAAAAAUUCCAGUUUUAGACCUAAAAUGAAUGUAUUAAACGUUUGGAGCUGUUUAUUCAUGCUUAAAAUGAAUAAUAAGAUAGACAAACAGCUUGAAAAAGAUUUUUACUGGUAUGUUGAACUUAUACUGUGCAUUUUUUUAUUAGAUUUAGAUUUUUGUUAAUUUAUGAAAAAAUACCAGCUGUUGACUUACUUGUUUUUUGGCCAAAUAUUUCAGGCCAAUAAAAAAAUGUGUGGCUCCGGUAACAUCUAAAAAAAGUUGGAAGAUUGAUUGUGAUUAAAACUCUGAUAAUACCAAAACUUAACCACUUAAUCCUAAUUAUACCAAAACCUAGUGUAGAAUACCUUCAACAGUUUGAGAAAGAAAUUUACAUUUUUUUAUGGGGAGGCAAGGUCCAUAAGGUAAAGAAAAACAUUAUGAUUCAAGAUUACAUAUAUGGGGGAUUAAAAAUGAUAGACUAUAUGGAAUUUGUUUGUGCAUUGAAAUCUACAUGGAUAAGAAGACUUAUCCACUCUAAUGCAACGUGGGUAAAACUUUUUGAAUCAGAAUUAGGAUUAAAAAUAGAAACCCUAUGGGAAAAAGGUUCAGACUUUAUUACCAAUAUUAGCAAUAAGAUAAGUAACAAGUUUUGGUAAGAAGUUUUAUUAGAUUGGGUUAAAAUUGUUAUGUCCUAUGGCCAAAAUGACAUAAAAGUACUUAAUGAACAUAUAUGGUUUAAUCCUAAUAUUAAAAAUAAUAACUUAUCAAUUUUUAUUAAGAAUUAUUUCAACUGUGGUUAUAAAUUUAUUAAAGAUUUGAUGACAGAGGAAGGCAAUUUUGUAAGCCUUGAAACUCUUGAAGACUCAAAUGUUAAGACCAAUUUUCUAGAAUAUAGGAGUUUGAAUGGAGCAAUUUUUGAAAGAUUAAAAGCCUUAAAUAAUGAUAAGGUAGAAUAUGGACCAUUUAUUCCAAAUUCUCUCAGUUAUUUUUUACAAACAAAGCAAAGGAUGUAAGGAUAUGUAUUAUGUACUCAUCGAUAACAAAAAAGAAUCAAUUCGUUCAGUAAAGAAGUGGACAGAAAGUGGAUUUGCUUAUACAGAAAUAGAAUGGAAUAAUAUUUUUGAACUCCCAUUUAAAACCUCGAAAGAAUCCAAAUUUCAAUGGUUGCAAUUUUUGCCAACAAAUGAGUACCUUUUCUCAAUAUACUGAAUAUAAUUGAUUCGCCAGCCUGUAAUCAAGAUAUAGAAACUAUAGAACAUUUAUUUGUGGACUGUUUUCAUGUCAAAGAAAUAUAGCUCUACUUUGAAGAAUAGUUAAGAAGCAAGUUUAAUUUUUUGAUGAAUUUUGAUAAAAAAGCUAUACUUUUUGGUAAAUUCAAAAACAGAAAUAUGUAUAGACUUCAAAACAUAUUAAUUCUUACAGUAAAACAAUUUAUUUUUGCCCGUAAAUAUAAGAAUGUCCCAAACCUCUCGACGCUCAUGUUAAAACGAACUGUCACUGAUAGAAUUCAUAAUUAUUGAGAAACUACUGUUGUUGAAGAAUUGUAUAUUUGCUGAGUAUGAAAAGUAUUGGCAAACUAUUUGCGAUUUGUUAUAAAAUGUGUUUAUAAAAGCUGCAAGGAAAUUGUAAGCAAAUAAUGGCAAAAAAAUAUAAGUCUACUUUUAUGCAUCCUCUUGCAUAUGUAUGAGUUUUUGAUAGACAGUGUUCCCCUCUCUUUCUCCACCCUCUUUCACCCCCCCCCCCCACCUCAUAACUAAAAAUACUCAAACUUUCAUGGGUGAUAAAAGCAAGUUUUCGAGAUUGUUUGUGCAUAUAUAUGUCUGUCUGUCGGUGUAUACACUUGUCUGUACAUGUGCUUUUUUAUCUUCGGUAUGACUGUGUCUAUAUAUUAUACUUAUAUUCUAAAUCUCAAAUGAAGUGAAUAUGUGAUGUGUAUGCAUUGUAAACUAAAUAUAUAAGAAGAUGUGAAUAACUUGUACAUGAAAGUUUGAAUAAAAAAAACAAAAACAAAAAAACAUCUAAAAAAAAUUAGGGUAUGUAAGUAGUAAUAUUUUUUGUUUUUAAAAAUGGAAUUGUACAGUACUAUGUCAAAAUGAUUUUCUUUGUAAGUAUUACCUAGCACUGUAUUGCAGGUGGCAUUUGUAUGUAGUGAGAAAAAUAUACUAAAUAAAGAUUGGUAGGGAGCAUCUAGCUUUUAACUACGAAACAAAUAUUUGUUAAUCAAAAAUUAAUAUAAUUAAUUUUUGUAUAAAAACAAAAAAUCAAUUUCGUAUUUAUUAUUUGGUCUCAUAUAGCGUACCCCAUUUCUCUGUAUAGGCAGUGAGUAUCAAUUAAGGGUUGACAACUGGAUUAUGGAUACUGUUCACACAAACCCAGUUUUCUGUCACAUUGACAGCUUUUCUAUUGUUUUAAAAUUAGUUGAUAGUAUGAUGAUUUGUAAACACUAGUGAAUAUAAUUUACCAUCUUUGAGAGGGGAAAGGACAAUCAAAGGUGAAUUACCAGUAUAUCAUUAAUAACUUACAGGAGAAAAUUUACCCACCCCUCAUCUUUCCAAACAUAUGAUAUUCAGCAGCCUGGAUUAAACUGUAAUGGUGGUGUUAUUGUAGGUAUAAAUAACAUAUCUAUUACUUUAUAAGCUCUGAAAUAUUAACAAUCCAUGUAUCACAAUAAGUAAUUAUUUUUCGUAAAUGUCACUUCCGAGAUUAUGUGAAUAGCACUGCGCAGCCGCGAAAUCAUUGAACUGCGAGCAGCCAAAGUGACAAGACGUGGUCUUGAUCGCUUCUUGCUUAUUAUACUUAUUGGGUUUUUUAUAUUGACAAGGUCAAUAUAUUUAUAUACUUUUAAUAGUAUAUAAACAAAUUCUGACCUGGUCAGAAAUUUAGUUUUGUAAAUCAAUUGGCUUAUUGUGAUUUUGACGUGGUCAAAAACUUGUGGUGUUGUACCGAAACCACGUGCGUCAUGGCGGACGCUAAUAUGGCCGUAGAGUCUCACGUAGAUGAGAAAGCUGCGAAAGGGAAAAAGAAAGUCCCAAGUAAAGGUGCGUAGAAGAUGAGCAGUACACGUUCUGCUUCGAAUUCUGCAUCCAUGAGUUCUCGUGUGCAUAGUGAUCAUAGCAACAAUGGCGGUGGACAUGACAGUGCCCCAAAUGCCGAGAUACUCAGUAUAUUGAGAACAAUUCAAGAGAAUCAAAAGAAACAAGAUGAUAGAAUGGCCGAAAUAGAGAACAUGUGUUGUGACUAUCAGUAUCAAGAUGACUAUGAUGAUUACGGCGAUUUUAAUGACGACCCGGGAACUUCCGGUGAACAUGAGACAGCUUCGAAGAAGCGCACAUCUGAAGAUGUUGAUACAUGUACUGACAACAGGUAUGUCAAUGCAGGCAAAAAACUUAAAGUCAAAGAAACGUGUGAUAAACCUAUUGAUGACGAACUUGCUAAUCUUGUGACAGAUUGGUUCCGCGAGGGAAUCGAAGAAGAACGGUAUGGUGAAUUACUUAAAGUGAUAAAUCGCCCUGAAAACUGUCCUGCGUUAGUUACGGUCAAGACAAACCAAAUGGUGUGGGAUUUUUUGAGCCCAAUGACUAAGUCUUCUGACAAGAAGAUGCAGAAUAUUCAAACUUCUUUAGUUAAAGGUGCAUGUGCACUUACGAAACUUACAUAUUUACUCGGCAAGUGUGAUAAUCCCGAGAUUUUGGAUCUGCUGGGAAAUGCCAUGGAAUCAUUGGCAUUACUUGGACAUGCUAAUAGACAGUUGUGUAUGUUACGCAGGGAGUUGAUGAAACCUGACAUGAAAGGUGAAUAUACUCACCUUUGUAGUCAUAAUUUAAAGUACACUGACUAUUUGUUUGGUGAUGAUGUACCAAAGACAGUCAAAGACAUUACUGAUUGUUCUAAAAUCAGUAACAAAAUUGGACUUGGCUUUAGAGGAGGAUUUCGUGGCCGUUCAACUCGAGGUCGAGCAAGAGGACGAUUUGUACGAGGUGCUGCAAGAGGUCAUGGACCCUACUCUAGUUCGUCAGCAUACUCAUCUGAUGCAAAAAACUACCAACAAAGAGGCCUGCAGAGUCGCCUCCAGAAGUAGUUGAGAAGUCUCAUUGGACGUGUGGUGAGAAAGAUUUGUCAGGACCAGGCAGAGUGCGUUCUUGUGGCUCCAGUUUGGCCAACACAGCCAUGGUUCAACCGAGUACUAGAGAUAUUGGUGGAUCAUGCAGUAAUUUUACCAGUGACAGACAAUCUGUUGACUCUUCUGGGCACGGAUGUGCAGCAUCCUCUGAAGGACUCGUUAGUGCUGAUGGCAUGUCGAUUGUCCGGUUGCAGUUCCAAAAACAAGGAAUUUCUCGCCAAGCAGCCUCCAUCCUAUUGGCAUCAUGGAAGUCCGGAACCAAGAAACAAUAUAAAACGUUUUAUAAGGGUUUCAGUACUGUGGUGAAAAAUCGGUUGAUCCAUUUUGUACAACUAUAGAAACUGUUGUUGAAUUUUUAGCAUAUCUUUUUCACCAAGGUUAAGGUUAAAGCGCUAUUAAUACAGCCUGAGGGGCUUUAUCUUCUGUUGGUUUGAUUUUUGAUGGUUUUUCUGUUGGAUGUCAUCCAUUGGUUAUAAGAUUUAUGAAAGGUGUUUUUAACCUGAGACCAUCAAAAUCAAGAUAUGUACAUACAUGGGAUGCUCUAUUGUUUAAAAGUACCUGACAAAAUUGUCACCUGUUAAAUUUUUGAGUUUGAAAAAUUUGACAUUGAAGUUAGUUAUGUUGAUAAAUUUAAUUUGUAGGGCUGGGACGAUUCUGUACUUAGCCGAUUCGGUACAUAUCACGAUACAUGAGAUGCGAUAUGAUACAUAUCACGAUACAUUGCAACUAAAUGAAAACAUGAAUAAGGGUUAAAAAUUUAUUCAAUCUGUCGAUGUAUUACCACAUGUCCAAAGUUAUUUUGAUAUAUUUAAAAUGAGCGUUGCACAAUUUACAAAUUACUUAAGUCUCAUAUACACUACUUUUUCAUAAACAAGUAAUCAAAAAGUUGUCCACACUCCAGAUUUAGCUUCCUAACAGUUUUGACAACUUUACGAGGUUUUCCGCCAUCUUUGUACUUUCAUAUUAGGUGCGCAGACUAAAGAAGCCGAUAUGAAGCUCGGAUAUUUAAAAGUUCGCUUAGGUAUCAUUGUAUUAAUGGUAAAUGUAUCGAUCCAAAUAUCGUCAAAAUAAAUACCGUGAUGCAGCGGUGGAUCAUCCCAUCCCUAUUAAUUUGUGCAAGUAGAGUACAAACUAUUUCAUGUAUGAAACU